ACAGAUUUUGACAGCAAAAGAUAAACUUCUUCCAACACGUAUUGAGAAUUUCCGACAUUUAUCAAGUUUUUCUCGUAAUUUAAACACUAAAUUCGUGUUAAAUUAUUAAUUAGUGGUUAAAAAUGCGUUCAGCUGUUGCUUUCUUUGCCUUCACAAUUUUAUUAGUCGCCGUAUCAGCGCGGAUAGACCCUAAAAACUUAAAGUGCUUAGUAUGCCGGACGACCUUCGAGGAGCUUAACGAUGUGAUAAAAAAAGUAGAUAAAUGGAAAAAAGUCGAUGUAGGCAACUUCAGAAUGGAUGCCAGUGGCAACACAAUGCAGGAGAAGGUACCAGCUCACCGCUCAGCUGUGUACAUCUCCGAAUUGAUUGAUGAAAUCUGUAAGAAGAUGGACGACUACGUGCGCGUGUACUACAAGGCGACGAACAAGCUGGCCAUCAUGCAGCUCAUCACCAAGGACGGCGGCAUGAACCCCGACUUCUCCAAGACCAAGUUCGUCACCGACGACGACCUCAACAAGAGUUUGGAGUAUUAUUGCGAGCGCAUGUUUGAGGAGAAUGAGGAUGAAAUUACAUCGUUGUACAAGAAUCGGCCCGACGAUGACAUCAUGCCCGACGCGGAGAGAGAGAUCUGCUUCAACCACGCGCAGUACUGCGAGGAGUGGAUGUUGCCCACUGAGGAGGACACCACGUGGACGCACGAGAUGGAGGCUGAGUAUGUCAAGGUUCACGGACCAGAUCCCUACGGCUUCGGAGGCCUGCCGCCCCAGACACAGAUGCCAGACGUCAGCCAAGAUUAUGAUGAUGAAGACGCACAGAGCGAUGACUUCGACAUCCCCGCUGAGAAAGAUGAGCUAUAAAUAUAUAAUAUAAUAUAUUAUAUUAUAUAUAACACCAAUCCUGCCUUAAAUAUAUAGUAUAUAAUAUGUUUUAAAAUGUCCUGUCCAAUUUGUAGAAUUUGUAAUAAGGAUUAGUGAUAUAAAAAUGCAUUUAUUAUGCAUAUAAAUCUUCCUUUAUCUAUUAAAAUAAAUGGCAUCAAAAUUCGUUGCGUAGUUUUGAAGAUCUAUGCACACAUAGGGAUGGACAGCGGAUAGCGACUCAAAGUCAAAGCAUUUAUUCCAGUGAACUAUAAAUACGUAAGGAAUUGUAAAACGGCUGAUGCCUGAUCCGGAGCUGCGGACUGCCUAGCAAGUUACCGGGGCUCCGGCUUGAAAAGCAGGAGUAGGAACGGGGUGGUGUUUAGUCAGUAAGAGUCUGACACUCCCUCUCGCCUCGCCCAAGGCGAGUGAAGUCAUCAAAUUGAACUAUAAAAUGUAACCCAGUGCCUUAGAAUUUUAUAAAAAAUAUAAUUUAUUAUAACAAAAUUACUAUUAACGGUUCGUGCAAUACUAAUGUCUGAAGAUUAGACGACAAAGUUGAAUUUGUCUUUUAGUGAAAAAUUAUAUUUAAAUAGAGUAAUUUUCUAACUAGCUUUCAACGCGGUUUCACCCGCUCUGCUCGGUACCUAUUGAUCGUAGCGCAAUGUUUUUUUAAAGUGUAGAUUCCUAUGGAGAAAAACGGGCAAAAAAUUCCAUAGGAUACUCUAUUUUCAAUCAGAUUUUUUAGAUUGGAUAGUUUUUAAAACAUAUUAUAUGAUAUAUAGUAAUAAAAUAGUCUGUAUGAAAGUCUGAAGUAUGCUGAAAAAAUCUUUGUUCAGCUGUAAAAUGUUGAUGUUUGAAUAUAAUAAUGUUGUAAACAGUUUUGAGUUUGGUCAUUUUGUCCCAUACAUUGCAGUACAACAUUUUUGGCCGUAUAAUAGGGAUGAUGACGGGUUAGAAAAUUAAAAAUGUAUUUAGUCCGUCAGUUAGACAAUGAAAAAAUAUUAGACACGUAUUUUUUUUUAUUUUGUCAUAUAAGAAAACAAUACUUAGAUAAAACGUGUCAAAGUUUAGGAGUGGGAGCUAACUACGUCACUUUUGAGUAUAAAACUUACUCAAAAGUGACGCCACGCGAUAUUUCAAAUCAAUAUAUCUUCGAAAGUAUUUGUUUCCGUAAGAACAUAAAAAAUACGUGUCUAAUGUUUUAAAAUAAUCUACAAGACGGACAUUAGAAUAAAAAAUAGUCAUCUACCCUAUUAAAAAGUCUAUUGAAGGCAAAUCCCCCCCUACCUUACUACUUUUGCCCCCCAUGGCGUUAAAUGUGUUAAUCUAUAUUAGUUGUGCCUUUCAAUGGUCACGUAUAAAGUUUCGAUCUCAUAUCGGGUUCGAUUCCGGGGUUGUGCAAAGUAUUAUUUGAUUCUUCAAUCGAUUUAGAAAUUGCAAUGUGCAAGAGUGAUUACAUAAUUAUGUUUUGUUACAGAUUGGCUUUAUAAAAGGGUGUUUAAAUAUUAUACAAACUGACUGGUGAGAUACCUUCAAUAUUUGAGGACGUGAUAGUAUGCGAACAUAUAUCAUGAAAUAAAAUAACAUAAAAAUGAAAUAUUAAAUAACUUCUUAGUAAACUUCGUACACAGUACACCGAGAGUCCAGUAUUUAUUUAUUUAACUGCGGAAUACUUGGACACGCGCUACCAACACAGAAUACAUAGGUACCUACACUGUACAGCUGUUGCCUACCUACAUCGAGACCUAGUCUAAUUUCACCUAUUUUUACAGACAUUUCGAUAAAAAGUUAAGCCCCUUUUUAUAUCAAGUUAACGAGAAUCGAGUACCGAGUACUCUCCAUAAGUAUUGAAGGUAUCUCACCAGUCAUACGGUAUAUAAAGUGAUUUAAGAAUUAAAUACAUUGUUGCUCAAAAUUUUAUAUGAAAAUGAUGUUAUGGCCAUAGUACUUACUUGAUAUUUUAUUAUAAAUGUAUAUUUUACAUAUUAUUACAAAAUAUAUGAGAUUAUAAUUGGUUGUUGUAAAAAGAACUGUAUAUUUGAGAGCCUAAAAUCCAUUUCAGUUUGCAGUGAGAUUGCUAUAAAGUAUGUAUUACAUGGGACUUAUAACAUAACUGAUGUAAAGUGGGUGCUAUACAUUGUAUAUGUUGCAUCUCUGUAUAUCUUCUUUAAAACAAAUAAGACUAUAUGUAUUUUGAUAUCCAUUGGAUAAAAAAGGAACGUAAUAUAUGAAAUAUCUAUUUAUCUGUCAGUUAAAUCUAUCAGUAACUAACUGCCGUACUCAGAGUCAUUUAAUGGUUACUUAACCCAGUCCUUAGCAAUUGUUUUUCAUAUAAAAUCGUUACUAAGGAAUAGUUUAAGUAAUCAUUAAAGGUAAGUGUCCACAGGCCCGCAUCGCACGCAUUCCGUAUGACGUCAUCAGUACGCAUCGCAUGUAGGCAUUGCCGAUGAUGCGGUCCGUACGAUGCGGAUCAGUGGACGCAGUUGUAUGAGUUUCUAUACAAGACUAACUAAAAUCCGUUGCGUGCGAUGCGUACGAUGCGUACCUUAGAUGUCUCUGAGUAUGGCAGUUAGAGAAUAUGUUUAUUUUAAGCACAGUUACCUAAUGAGCUAGUUUUAAUGAGAUUUUGUGUGUUUUAAACAAAGGGCAUUAAAUAUUUUGUUUGGA